CUUCUUCUUCUUCCUCCUCCUCCUCAUAUCUUCAAUUAAAUCCCACUUAAUAUAAUUAAUUAUUAAGCAUGGCCAAAACCUGUGAUUUUUGCGUUGCUGCUGCUUCUGCAUUAAUAUUUCUGCCUUCUCUGCUUCUGAAUUGCGCCGCUGCCCAGACUGUGCACGUCGUCGGAGACACCACCGGUUGGACUGUCCCCUCCGAUGCCAAUUUCUACGCCACUUGGGCUUCUUCCAAGACCUUUCACCUCAACGAUGUUCUUUCGUUCAACUUCCCUACAAACGUACAUGACGUGGUCAGAGUUCCGAAAGCUUCGUUCGAUGCUUGCACUUCAGGUAAUCAGAUAGGGGCCACGAUCACCGCCGGCCCCGCCAACGUUACCCUCAAAGAAACCGGCACCCACUAUUUCAUUUGCACCGUCGGCCAACACUGCCAGGGGGGACAGAAGUUGGCCGUCACCGUCGGCUCCGGCUCCUCCCCGACCCCGGCGGGUGCUCCGUCGUCGUCGACCCCACAAAUUCCUUCUCCUCGGCCCAGUUCUGCUCCUCCUCCUCCGUCCAAUUCUGCUCCUCCUCCUCCUGCCCUUGCUGGUUUCUUCUUGAUCAUGCUUUGCUUCGCCUUGGGGAAACUGGUCCUCUAGAGAUGACGGCUAAACC